AUGGCCAGUCACGGUGUUCGGCGAUUUAAGCCCUCGGAGAAAACACCCGAAGAACGGCAGCAAGAGCUGCAGAAGAUAGAUGACUAUAGAUCGCUAGAACGUCUAGUCUCGGACAAGGUGGCCGAACAUGAUUACUCUAGCGACACACUGGAGAAGAUCUCCGGACUGUUGAAUCGGAAUCCAGAAUACUAUACGAUCUGGAACUACCGUCGUCGGGUUAUGAGACAUCAUUUUUCGGAAGCUUCAGAUACUGCCAACGAGGAUAUAAUCCAGCCUGUACUUUCAUUAAUCAAAAAUGACUUGAUGUUCCUCAUCCCUCUUCUGCGGAGCUUCCCCAAAUGUUACUGGAUUUGGAACUAUCGAAUGUGGCUGCUGGAUGAAGCGCGUCGACUGCUGCCAUUACCAGAAGCUCGCCAGAUCUGGCAAGAGGAAUUUGCCCUCGUUGGUAAAAUGUUAACACUGGACAGUCGCAAUUUCCACGGCUGGGGAUACCGUCGUGUGGUUGUGGAGACGUUGAAGCAGCUCGGCAGCUUAGAUGAGGCCACAGGCAUGACCCAAAAAGAAUUCGAAUAUGCAAAGAAAAUGAUUGGUGCCAACCUCUCGAAUUUUUCCGCCUGGCACUACCGAACUAAGCUGAUUCAGCGGCUUUUGGAUGAACAAUCCGCCACUGAUAACGAGCGGCGUAAGAUGCUAGACGAUGAGUUGUCCCUCAUUCAUCAAGCUUUGAUUGAUCCUUAUGACCAGUCAGUCUGGUUCUACCAUCAGAAUCUGCUCUGUGUAUUUGACCCAAUUACCGCUGAUCGGACAAUGGCUCCGAAUUUGAGCACGUCAGAACGACUUCAAUAUCUCCGCCAAGAGAUUGACAAUGUUCAGGAAAUUUUGGAUGGAGCUGAAGAUUGCAAAUACAUCUACCAGGCUCUUAUCGAGUGCACGGUCUUGGUAUCCAAAGUGACAGGUCAUUUAUCUUCGGAGGACCGUGAUCAAAUCUUGAGCUGGCUCUCGGAAUUGAAGCAAUUGGAUCCUUUACGAGAACAAAGAUGGCUAGAUUUUGAACAGACCUUGUAA